AUGGGAAAUUUAUUUGCUUUACUUAUACUAUCCAUGGUAAUUGUGAGUUUUGGAGACAAACUGAAUGUUGUUCAUAAAUGGAAAUAUUGUGAAUUUGAAUGGGAAAAUCAGCAGCAAAAAGAAGAUGCGAUAAAUUCUGGAACUUACAACCCUAGCAGAUGCUUGUUCCUCGGAACGACUAAAGCAGAAGAUGGUAGAAUAUUCGUCACUACCGCAAAAGUAGGUGGUCCUGGAUCACCUGCUAGUUUGUCGAUUGUAACAAAUGAGACAGGACCAGGGGGUCCUCUUUUACGUCCAUAUCCAGAUUGGAGUUGGCAUAAUAAUAACAGUAUGUGCAAUGGUAUUAUAAACGUUUAUAAACUGCAUAUUCAAUGCAACCACAUCUUCGUUAUGGAUAACGGCCAAUCCAGAGAAACCGAACAAAUUUGUGAUCCAAAGCUACUGGUCUUUGAUUUAAAAAAUGAUAUGCUGGUUAAAACUAUUUACAUCCCACCUAAUAUUGCGAAUAACAAAACAGGCUUUGGAUUAUUAAUAGACCCUUUAGUUUAUGUUCCAAAUAAAGAGUGCACGCGCUUUCUGGAUGAAAUGAUUGUAUUUGUGGCUGAUUCGAUAGGUUUCGGUUUAGUAGUGUAUGAUUCGUCUACAGAGCGUAUGUGCAGAGUCGAAUCCGAUUAUAUGAAACCGACUGAUGCUAAUUUCGUCAUAGACGACCAAAAUGUUACUUAUGUACGCGGUAUCAACAGUUUGACAAUCAUAUGCGAUGAACUUUAUUAUGCUCCCGUAGCAGGAAACGAAAUAUAUAAAAUAAAAAUAAAGACGCUAUUGGAAUGUCCAAGUAGAGAAAAGGCUAAUAAACAAACUAAACUUAUUAAAGAAUUAUCUAGUCAAACAACAGAUAUUUCAUCAAAGGAACAUUACAUAUUUUACAAUGAUGUUCGAACAAAUUCUAUUCUAGGCACAAACUCUUGUGCGAAAUCUAAUAACAACACAAUAGUACUCGCGCAAGACGAUGAAAAAUUGCAAGUUAUAGGUUCAAUGGAAAUUAUAUCUUACUGGGAUCAACUAAUAGGCCUAUCAAUUAGAUUUCAGAAAUAUGCUACCGAUACGUAUAAUCUAAGUGACAUAAAUUUCCGCUAUUUUGAAAUGGAUUUAGCUGCAAUAUUGCAGGAAAUGGAUUAA